AAAAUAAAACAUUGGUUUCUUAAUUUAUGAAAUUCAAAAAAAUGAAUGAGAUAUGAAAGCAAAAGAAAAGUCAAAGAAUAGUUCUUGUGUUUGUGAAAUUAACAAAGAAAAAAGGAGUGAGUUCAAAUAAAAACACAAAAGUGGAUAACCUAAUUUUUGAAAACAUUAAUAAUGUUAACCAGCAUUCCUACAUACCGUUAAUAACAAAAAGUGAUAAUGAAAAUACACUAAAUCAAUGCUAUCAAUGUAUGAUUUGCCAACCCAUGUUCUUCAGCAAAAAGUCCAGUUUAAGGAAACGGCUAUGGCGAUCGCGUAUAACUUCAACAACAAAUUCAACGCAACAGCAUCGCUCAGAAAUGCCGAAUUACUUCAAAAAUUAUCAAAAUUUUUCAAAAGAAACAAACCCAGAGGAUUAUCAGCAUACAAUCCUACGAGAAAAUUUGAAUGGUCAUCAAAAUUAUGGAAUCGUAAGAGAAGAAGGAAGCUCUUUACUAUCCACAACAACUGCUGUACUGAGAAAUUGUUGUACAAGCACGAAUUCCACAAGUACAAACGAUUUGUACGAUCCAUCAAUGGCAACGGCAGAACAGCAAGCAUUACGCUUGUUUCGUUUAUUAAUGAAUCAAUUAAAAAAGGAAUCACAGUUAGAAACAUUGUGCCAAGCCGUAGAAAAUGGAUUACAAGCAGACAAUAAUAAAACACUUCCCCAUCAAUAUCAACGUACUGAUUGUGUUCUUGUGCCACGUGGUUCAAUUGAUGGCGAGGAGCCACAGUUAAUAGCUUGUAGAUUAUGGCGUUGGAAUGAUUUGUAUGAUUGUCAGACAAUUAAAAGAAUUCCUAGCUGUCCAAAUGAAAAAGACCCCGUUUACGUGUGUUGCAAUCCGACACAUUGGAGUCGCAUUUAUCAUUUAGAAACUCCACCUCCUCCAUACGCUAUGAAAAUUGAUGAAAAUUCAAUGGAUCCAGACAUGUUUGGGGUAUAUAACAAGCAGCAAAUUGAAUCAUUAACAACUGAUGGUGACGAUUUUACUCUUUCUUUUAAAGAUCUUACAACAACGUGUUGGUGUCAAUUAGCAUAUUGGGAACAAAGUGAACGCGUAGGGUCCAAAGUACCUGUAGAAGAUCCGGCUGUAGACGUGUUUGGAGAGCAGACACGUGGUGCAGGAUUAUGUAUAAAAACUAUUGCCCAACAAAGAUCAACGAGGACACCAGAUUUAGUAUUAAAGACAAGAGAAAAAAUUGGAUUAGGUGUAACUUUAAGUCGAGAAGCAGAUGGAGUUUGGCUUUACAAUCGUUCAUCAUCGCCAGUAUUCGUGCAUUCACCUACAUUAUGCGAUAUGGAGUCUAGAGUAACAAUACCAUUUAAAAUACCACCAGGCCACUGUAUUCGUGCAUUUGAUCCAUUAAAAGUGAACGAAUCUAUAAUAUGGCCAUCUACAAUCAGUGGCUUACAGCUUGGACCAGUUGAUACCCACAGUGUGAGAAUUAGCUUUGCAAAAGGUUGGGGGUUGAAUUACUCAAGACAAGAUGUAACGUCAUGUCCAUGUUGGCUUGAAGUUCUUCUCAAUCGUAAUGAUUAUCUUCUUCCAUGUCGGUGA